AUGGCGCUAUCACGCAGUAUGAGAACAUGCUUGCAUAGCGGAAGACUUGCCGCCCUGGCAAUACUUGUCUCUGGUGGGAUCGUAUUGCAGAUUUUGGCAUGUGCUCUUUAUAACAACUGGUGGCCCAUGUUGACAGUUCUGAUGUACCUCAUACUACCCAUGCCGCUCAUAUUUUUCCUGGGCUCCGAUUCUCCAUCGAUCAUGUCAAAUGAGAAUGAUGGGUGGGUGAACUUCACCAAGUUCCUGACGGGCGCGUCCAUCGUGGGCAGCAUCGCCAUCCCGUCGAUCCUGAAGCACGCCGGCGUCAUCGGGUGGGGCGCGCUGACGAUGGAGCUGUCCUCCUUCGCCGUCUUCGGGCUGGCCAUCGUGUGGUUCCUCCAGAUGAACUCCGAGGACGAGUACAGCGCCUUCUGA